AUGAAAACUGGAUUUAGGGACGUGGAGACCACGGAUGACUUUGUCAAGAGUGAUUUUCCUGGAGGGGAAGAAGUGGAAACCAUCCUGGAAUGGGUUGAAGAAUGCGUGGCAGGAAUAAUCAGCAUCAAGAAACUAAAGCUCCUCAUGGAACCAGAAAAUGUCAGGAUUGUGGAAGGGACCAAUGAAGAUGACUUUCAAGAAAACCAGAACACAUCAGAAAAGGACAACUCACUGAGGAGUAGAGCUGUGCAGAACAGAGAGCAGGGAAACGCCAAACAGGUUGGAUGGGUCAUGCUGGUUACUAUGGGAUCCUCUCCUAUUGAAUCUGUAGUUGCUGCUGGCAACAUAUUUGUCGGACAGACAGAGUCUCCACUGCUGGUUCAGCAGUAUAUACAACAUGCCACCAGGUCUGAACUCCAUGCAAUCAUGACCUCUGGGUUCUCUACCAUCGCUGCAAGUGUCUUAGGAGCGUACAUUUCUUUUAGGAUUUCAUCCACCCCCUUGUUAACUGCUUCAGUUAUGUCAGAGCCCACGUCAUUGGCUGGGGCUAAACUCUUUUGGCCUGAGACAGAAACACCUAAAAUAACCAUCAAGAAUGCCAUGAAAAUGGAAAUUGGUGAUUUGAGGAAUCUCCUAGAAGCCGCAUCACAGGGAGCAUCCUCAUCCAUCUCCCUGGUAGCACACAUCGCUGUGAAUCUGAUUGCCUUCUUGGCCCUCUUGUCUUUUGUGGAUGCAGCCCUGUCCUGGUUUGGAAACAUGUUUGACUACCCACAACUGAGUUUUGAGAUAAUAUGCUCCUACAUCUUCAUGCUCUUUUCCUUCAUGAUGGGAGUGGACUGGCAAGACAGCUUCAUGGUUGCCAAACUCAUAGGUUAUAAGACUUUCUUCAGUGAAUUUGUGGCCUAUGAGCACCUCUCAAAAUUGACGUAUUUAAGGGAAGAGGCUGGACCCAAAUUUGUGAAUGGUGUGCAACAGUAUUGUCUCAUAAGAUCUGGACAAUUGCCACUUAACACUCUCUGUGGCUUUGGCAGUGUCAAUUCCCUAGGACUAGCGGUCAGCACACUCACAUCCACGGCUCCUUCGAGAAAGCAUGACAUCGCCUCAGGGACUGUGAGAGCUCUGAUUGCAGGGACCAUCGCCAGCUUCAUGACAGCCUGCAUCGCAGGCAUACCCUCCAGCACUCCUGUAGACAUCAACUGCCAUCACAUUCUAGAGAACGCCUUCCACUCCAGCUCACCUAAAAACACAACCGAUGUGUGUUGCCAGAGUGUGUUGAGGAGCACUGUUGCCAAGGGUCCCGGGGAGGUCAUCCCAGGAGAAAACCACAGCCUGUAUUCUUUGAAGAACUGCUGCGAGUUGUUGAUUUCAUCAACACUGAACUGCAGUUGGAUCCCUAAUUAAUUUUGAGUUCAGCCACUUC